AUGAAUUAUAAUAAUAAAUAUCUCAUACAAUCACCCAAAAAAUAACCUCUAACGAAGAUCAGUAUCAAAUAUAGUGCUGUAAUCAAUUUGGAUCAUAUACCUAAAUUCAAAUACAGAUCCCCUAGAAAUCUUGCUAGAUAAAUAACAAACAUUAGUCCAACAAUUUAAUUGAAUAGUUCUAAAAAUAAAAAAACUGUUGAAUCUAAAAGCCGAUCUCCAUCAUUGGAAUCAAAUUGGUUUAACAUAAAAAAAAUAAAAAAGAAAAUUGAUCCUUUUGAGAAUCUAAAUUAUGGACAUCCUAAAAUAUUUCAUAAAUUAUCAAUUGAUUAAAUGAUUCCAACUUAAUUAUCAACACCAAUUACAAGUCAUGUUGAAAAACGAAUUGUAAUUAAAAAGAAGACAGAACCAGCUCGUAUAGCUAGAUCAAAUACUUAAUAUUCAAUUAGUAGAUAAGAAAUUAAAAAUAAUAAUACAUCAUCAUCAAGAAUAUUAUAAAAGAGAGAGAAUAAAAAGGAAAUAUCAGGAGAAUUGAAAGGUUGGCAAGGUUGGUAUGCAGAACAUUAUGAUGAUUUUAUAUGA